AGAGUUGACGUCAGUUCCCCCGUUCACGCAGAGCGAAACAAACAUGGCGACAGCCUCGAGUGGAUGGGGGUUUACGCUAACUUUAUUGGCUUUUUGUUGGGUUAUUGCAGAAAAACAGGCCGAGGCGGCGGUUUCAGAGCCGAGAAGCUUUACUCGAAUACUCGGCAUGAGGCUGGAAAAGAGCGAAAAGCCGUCCGAAACUACCGAGAGGGGGGAAAUACAGGUGACUGAAGGCAGCGACAUCCUCUUCAGGUUCUACGGGCUUCACUUGUUCCCAAACAGCUCGAAGCUCGUCGGGUUCACCGCACUGGACGAUAAUGAAUUUAGCGCAAUGACGCUGUCGGUAAACAGGACUUGUGCCGAACUCACAAAAGAUAUAGAAGUGAAGGGGAGCAUGGAGGUAAACAAUCAGAACACCGCUGGGCUGGUCAGCCUCACCAUCAAACAGCUCCGUAAGGGUGAGGCGGUGAAGGUGUUCGGCUUGUGCGUCCGGGACACCCAGGAGGAGGAGGACAAGUGGCGCCUGCUGGACGACAGAGACGUCCGACUGCGCGUGGUGGAGGAACAGAAGCGGCUGUUGCCCAUCUGGCUGCAGGUGAUCAUCAUCUGUUGUCUGCUGGUGCUGUCCGGCAUGUUCAGCGGACUCAACCUGGGACUGAUGGCGCUGGAUCCGAUGGAGCUCCGCAUAGUGCAGAGCUGUGGCACCGAGAAGGAGAAGAAAUAUGCACGGAAGAUUGAGCCCAUCCGCAGGAAAGGCAAUUAUCUGUUGUGCUCCCUGCUCCUCGGCAACGUGCUGGUCAACACCAGCCUGACCAUCCUCCUGGACGACCUCACAACGUCUGGUCUUGGCGCUGUAGUCGCCUCCACCAUCGGCAUCGUGAUUUUCGGCGAGAUCGUCCCCCAGGCUCUGUGCUCUCGGCACGGGCUGGCGGUGGGGGCGAACACUAUCAUGCUCACAAAGUUGUUUAUGCUCCUAACUUUGCCUCUAUCGUGGCCCAUCAGCAAACUCCUCGACUGUAUCCUUGGACAGGAGAUCGGCACCGUGUACAACCGGGAGAAGCUGGUGGAGAUGCUGAAGGUCACUGAGCCGUACAAUGACCUGGUGAAAGAGGAGCUCAACAUGAUCCAAGGCGCGCUGGAGCUGAGGACCAAAACAGUAGAGGACGUUAUGACGUCGCUCAACAACUGCUUCAUGAUCCACAGCGACGCCGUGUUGGACUUCAACACCAUGUCUGAGAUCAUGGAGAGCGGAUACACCAGGAUACCCGUGUACGAGGACGAGCGCUCCAACAUUGUGGACGUCCUGUUCGUCAAAGACCUGGCCUUCGUGGACCCCGAUGACUGCACCACCUUAAAAACCAUCACAAAGUUCUACAACCACCCUGUGCACUUUGUUUUCCAUGACACCAAGCUGGACGCAAUGCUGGAGGAGUUCAAAAAAGGUAAAUCCCACCUGGCCAUCGUACAGAAGGUGAACAACGAGGGGGAGGGAGACCCGUUCUACGAGGUGUUAGGGCUGGUCACCCUUGAAGAUGUGAUUGAGGAGAUCAUAAAGUCCGAAAUCCUGGAUGAAUCAGACCUUUACACUGAUAACCGCACCAGGAGAAGAGUAGCACCUAAUAAAAACAAGCGAGACUUCUCCGCCUUCAAGCACGAGAGUGAAUCUAAAGUGAAGAUCUCUCCGCAGCUGCUCCUGGCGGCCCAUCGCUUCCUGGCUACAGAGGUGAGCCUGUUCAGUCCUGCUCAGAUCUCGGAUAAGGUGCUUCUACGAAUCCUGCGCCAUCCAGACGUCAUCCAGGAAAUCAAGUUCAGCGACAGCGACAAGCGCUCGCCUCAUCACUACAUCUACCAGAGGGGCAAACCCGUCGACUACUUCGUUCUCAUCCUUCAGGGCCGAGUGGAAGUGGAGGCUGGAAAUGAGAACAUGAAGUUUGAGACCGGGCCUUUCUCGUACUAUGGCAUCAUGGCUUUAAGUGCUCCCACAUUGGUGGCUGCACCUCGUCCUCGCCACCUCUCCUUUAAGAGGUUUUCUCUGUUCUCUCGGUUGCCAGGUAAAACCGUUUCCUAUGACUCACUGAGGCCUCCAGGUGGAACCCUCCCUCCCCCUGGUUCCGAGUUCCGCUCGCCGUCCCACCUCGGCGGGUUGAACCGGACGGCGUCCCUGAGCGGAGCCGACCGCACCGAGUCUCUGUCCGUCAGCGGCAGCAACAGCCAGCUCAACAACAGCAACCCGGCCCACCAGUACACGCCGGACUUCUACGUGCGCGCCCUCAGCGACCUGCAGUUUGCCAAGAUCACACGGUCUCAGUACCAGAACGGCCUGAUGGCGUCUCGCCUGGAGAGCACGCCUCAGUCACCGGAGAGCGGCCACAGCACGGUUCGCCUGGAUCACGGCAGCCCCACCGCCACCCCCACCAUCACGGACCUGGGCACGGACUCCAUCCCAACAGAAAACGGGCCGGACGAGACGACGCUUCUCCUCAACGAGCAGAACUCGCCUCACACAGCGAACCACCACAGCCAGCUGGAAAACAGCAUAUGACGACACACACCGACACUUGGGUCUGAGCUGAGGAGAUGAGUGUGUGAGUGUGUGAGUGAGUGAGUAAGUGAGUAAGUGAGUGAGUGUGUGAGUGUGCGUGUGUGUCAGCCCAAAGAGACAAGCCAUGUGCAUGCAUAUUGUAAAUAUGCAAGACUUAAACCAAACACACACACACACACACACACACACACCAAAGUGUAUUGUGGACAUUUGCCUCCUCCAGUUUUUGUCAACACAAACACUCCCCCACUUCAUUUUAAGCAAAGAAGGCCUGAGUGUGUGUUUGUGUGUGCGCGCAUGCUCCCCACGUUUUACCUGGUGACGGAUCUGAAGGACCUGCUUGUCCACGCCAGGAAGCCCCCCCCCAUUCCCCUCCUCCCUCUGUGUGUCUCCAUUUCAUUGUCCGUCAUCAGAGACUCAGGGAGCAGCCACCCUCCUCCCCAUCCACUCCCCGGCGUCCUCUGUGAGCACGCGGUUGAAGCCUGCGAACCCCAACAACCAGCUCUGUGCCACAUGUAGCAUCCUACGUCCUCUCCCACGUCAUCAGCUGGAAGACAAAGACGACCCGAGCACGUCAGCGGCGUUCACACAAAGUAAUAUAUGUUGUGUAGAAAUUUAGAAUGAGAUAUUUAUUGGUGAAUUGGGUGUGAGAUGGACACACAGACUCCUCCUGAGUCCUUUUCUUUUUUCUUUGUUGUGGAGUCUAGAGGGUUUGGUGUGUCUGUCUAUCAAUAUACUGUUUAGAAAGAGAAAUGAGCCCAGAGCCUUGAUCCCAGAGUUAGGAGAUUCAGCACCGUUAGGCAGCCUGUAGUCUGUAUCCUGAUCAAGACAAUCAACCUGAUUAUAAUGAAUGUGUUCAGAUAGAUGUUUAGAGUGAACUGGUGAACGCUCCCUACGCCGCUUCAGGUUCAUCUGUGGGAAUCGCUGCAGUGAAGCUGCUCUGCACGGAGCGUCCUGCUGAAGAAGACGGGGGUCUGACUGUGUGUGACGCUUUUCAUGUGUGUAUGUGACCAAACGGUCGUCGCCUGACAUGGUGGGAACAGAAACCAAAAGAGGGAAGCUUGAUCAGCUCCUAGAAAAUGCUGUAAGAAAUCUGAAACUUUAUUUAUUUAGAUUAAUGUCUGUGUAAAUACAUAUAAAUAUAUAUAUUUUGCUGAUGGUGGGCAUCAGACAUUUUAUUUUGGCUUAUUGUAAGAUUUAAAGUGUUGUUCUUCUGCAGUCAGUGGUUCUGUUUGGACUGUGUUUUUAUCAGGUCAUUUGUACUGAGCAACCGCCAAACAUCAUUUAUCCCCAGCAUCAGCCAGAUUUUGUGAUUUUUGUGAUUAUUAUUAUUAUUAUUAUUAUUAUUAUUGUGUUUUUCAAUAUCACAUAGUCCUGCACCAGAGAACCUUUUAAAGUGAAGUGUAUUCAAAACAUUUGGAGAUUUUUGCCGUUUUGUUUUUUGUUUUUCCACCAUAACUGACUUUGAUUUGUUUUGUGAUUGGAAACAUGAAAACGUACUCGUACAUCAGGUUUAAGUUUUAAACAUGAAAGGCUCUUUUUUUUUUGUUUCAUGACAAUGUUCCACCUUGAUUCACACUUGAUACACUUUCUACACUACUACAUUUACCAGAAUGCAAUGCAGUCUUGCAUAACCUUUAUUGUUAUUAAGGUCAUAGCAUCUUUAUUUUCUGUUUGCUGCUCUUUUGUCAGUGUCACUAACAUUUUUUACCCAAUUGCACAUAAAUAACAGUUGCAUCCAAAGAUGCACCUGCUCUGUCAAUUAUGUGGAAAAGGGGGAUUCUUGGAAUUGUAGGUGUAGGCGACGCUUGAAAAGAAGGAUGGCAUCUCAAAAUACAAACAGCCAGUCUCAAAUUUGGACAAUCACAAGUGGAACAGAUUUAGUCUUUUUUUUCCCAAGACAUGACCUUAAGGACCUUUUCUUACUGUCUGGGUCAGUGAACAAACUGAUAUUUUGUGCACGUAGAGCUGGGUAAAGCUUCUUUAAUGUUCUUUUCUACAGAAUUAGUGUAUUAGCAGUCCUCAUCAGGACCUGAAACAGGAGCCCUGAAGCACUUUAUUCUCAUUUUAUCUGUCACCAAAGUCUGAAACUGAUCAUUUAUUUUUUUCAAAUGAAAUUUGAUUUUGUGAUAAAUCUUUGGAGACUAUUUGUCAUCAUUUAAUACAGAUCAAAUGUUACAUGUGUCAUAGUAUAAAAUAAAGACAUGGUUAGUACAGUUCAAGCCUGUUUAACAGCCUUGUCCCGCACAUGAAAAUGUAUUUAUAAAAAUUUGUUUUUGUUUUUCAUUUCAUUUGCCUAAUUGUGAAAUUGCUAAAGUGGUGUAAAAAACAAAUAUUAAUUAGACCAAAUGUUUUAUUCCUGAUGGGCCUGACCUGUUUUACUAUAGGACAUUGCUAUGUGUGCGGGUUGCAAACAGCCGAACCUUUUCAGUCAGUUUAUUUAAAGUAGAUAAAGUUUUAUAACACUUAUUCCCUAUGUUGUUUUAGAAGAUCACCAAACUAAACAAUUAAAGUUAUCCUCCACCCUUUAUUGUGCUUGUUUAGCGUCAAAUUGCUCCUUACAAAUCUCAGGAAGCCAGAUUCUCCCAAUAGCUUUAACUUGAAACAUCAGCCAAGCUCAUCACCUGAGCUCCAAAUAAAUGAGCUGCUCCAAAACGAAGCCAGCAGCAGUUUGCAUGUAGUUGUGUCAUUUGUCAUCUUUGCACAAAAACGAAGGAGGAACCAGAAUAUUAUUGAAUAAAAUCUAUUGCACACCAGCAGGUUUUCCUUUACGCUUGUGUGGGUCCAGCGUUUCUAUUAGUAACUAUAAAGGAGGCCGUAGCUUGAAACCUCCACAUAAACACUGCAAAUAAAGUUUGAAUGUACAGAUGUAGUUGGACACAUAUAUUAUAAUCUUAAAACUUACCAUCCACUAGUGAGAUAUGAGAUUAAAAAAAUCAGAACAUCAGCAUCUUGAUAAAAGUGAGUUUAUAGCUUCACUUCAUUUGUUUGUCUCUUUUCUUUCUUUCUUUUCUUUCUCUUUUGUUGUUUCGGAGAAAUGCUCGUGUUUUAAAUCAGUAACUUCCUAUUGUUCUCUAUUUUGAAAGUGAAGAAAGGAUCGAACACGUCGUGGAUAAAAUAGAAGCACUUUAACAAGGUAAGCAGUGUUGCUCAAGGCCACAGAUUUGCCAAAGUUGCUGGUUCAGUAGCUCUGUUGCAAUAAUUUUACUGGCCAGAAUUUUGUAACCUUCUUCAUAUGAUGCUGUAUUUGAUGUUGUACAGAUGCAGACAGACGCUUGAGUAACUCAGAGUCACCGUUGUGUUGCCUUUGCUGUGCUUUAAUGAGUGUACUGGAUUCAUUUUUAUGUGUUCACUCCUGAAACGGUUUCACACUCUCUCUCCCAUGCUCUUUUGGUUGAGGUCUUUAAGGCCAAGGUUAUUCUUCGAAUGUGCAGUUUAAAUAUUUUCGGUUUCCGUGUGAGUGUCUGAGCAUCAGCUCUGGUUGUUUGUUUGUACCGCAGACACUCUGUCAGUAAACAACAUUUGUUUAUUUUAUUUUCCAUGAUUGUUGUUUGGCAGCGUUCGUUCCCUCUGACAUGGGUUAACUUAAAAACACCAACACACGUGCAAGUUGUAAAUAUUGUUUUAUAAUUUCUGUAUGAGUUUUAAACAUAAAGCAAGUUAUUAAUAAACCUGAGACAUGUUUGUCA